GCUCUUAGUCAGAGUAGUGCUCAGAGUAACAAGAAGACAAAAUGUCUCUUUUGCUUCCAGUCCUCCUUGCCUUGCUAAUCUCCAUCCUCAGUGGCCUGUAUUUCUUAGGAGCUUUUCGUAAAAGACGACCUGGAGAGCCUCCCCUGGACAGGGGCCCCAUACCAUGGCUGGGCCACGUGCUGGACUUCCGAAGGGACACAGCCAAGUUCCUGCAGAAGAUGCAAGAGAAGCAUGGGAACAUUUUCACUGUGCAGUUAGCAGGUCACUACUUCACUUUCCUCAUGGACCCCCUUUCUUUUGGCACUGUUGUGAAAGAGUCCAGAGCCAAGCUUGACUUCAACAAGUUUGCUGUACAGCUGGUACAGAAGGUCUUUGGCUACCACGCAAUGGAAAAUGAUCACAAGUUCCUGCAAAUCUCCAGUAACAAGCACCUGAUGGGCGACGGCUUGGUGGUUAUGACCCAGGCCAUGAUGGAGAACUUGCAGAACCUGAUGCUGCAUAGUGUGGGCUCGAAGAAAGAGCAGACAGCAUGGAGCCAGGAUGGACUGUUUAACUAUAGCUACAACAUUGUCUUCAGGGCUGGCUACCUUGCACUUUUCGGCAACGAUACUGCCAAGGAAGCUGGCAGUUUGGAGAAAGCUAAAGAACGGGACCGGAUCCAAUCUCAGGAACUGUUCCAAGAGUUCCGCAAGUACGAUAGACUCUUCCCCCGGCUGGCAUAUGGAGUUCUGCCGCCAAAGGAAAAGAUGGAAGCAGAGAGGUUGAAGAGGUUGUUCUGGGACAUACUGUCUGUGCAGAAGGUAGCUAUGAAAGACAACAUCAGUGGCUGGGUGUUGGAUCAGCAACAAAUAAGAGCUGAGAAUGGAAUGAAGGAAUCCAUGCAGGACAGAUACAUGUUUCUGCUCCUCUGGGCUUCCCAGGGCAACACCGGUCCGUCCGCAUUCUGGCUGCUACUUUUCCUCAUGAAGCAUUCUGAAGCCAUGAAGGCAGUCCAGGGGGAAGUGGAUCAGCUCUUAAAGGAAACCGGCCAAGAGGUCACAUCUGUGGGCCCACUAGUUAAUCUCACUAGAGACAUGCUUCUCAAGACCCCCAUUUUGGACAGUGCAGUGGAGGAAACCCUUCGCUUAACUGCUGCCCCUGUCCUCACCAGGGCUGUCAUGCAGGACAUGAAACUCAGGAUGGCAGAUGAGCGUGAGUACAGCAUACGAGAGGGGGACAGAGUGGCUCUGUUCCCAUACACUGCAGUGCAGAUGGACCCGGCCGUGCAUCCGGACCCAGACAAAUUUAAAUAUGACCGAUUCCUGACCCUGGAGGGGACCAAAAAGACUGACUUUUACAAAGAUGGUAAGAAGCUGAAAUAUUAUAACAUGCCUUGGGGUGCUGGAGUCACUAUGUGCCCAGGACGCUUCUUUGCUACAAAUGAGCUCAAACAGUUUGUCUUCCUCAUGCUGACAUACUUUGAGUUUGAGCUGGAAAACCCGGAUGAGGAAAUCCCCUCCAUUGAUGUCACACGCUGGGGUUUUGGAUCUAUGCAACCAGUCAGAGACAUCCAGUUUAAAUACCGUCUACGAUUCUAAUGUAUUGAAAUAAUUCAGAUGAAAAAAUAACAAAAUGCAUAGUCUAUAAAGAAUUGACCAGUUCAUUUAAGAAUGUUUUAACUAUGUGAUUUGUUCCUGCUUGUUCCUUUCUUUUUGGAAUUUUAUCUAACAUGUUUUAGUUUUCUGAUGCUAUGUUUUUAGCUGUCUAAUAUAAAAAUAAAUCUCGCCAGUGUUUUUACUAUUCUGUAUUACAAUCACUUAAUCUGUCAUGUAAUCUAAGUUACAAGCUAGAAUGUCCUUUAGGUAUAAACUAUAAAAUAAUUAUAAUUAUAAUAAUUAUUUUAAACUAAGUUGUAAAAGAAAUCUGAAUUAACCAAAGGUAAUGGAAAUUUGUGGCUGCUCAAAAACAUUCGCUGUCAUUCACUGUAUGAAACUAAUUCAACUCUGCCCAGAUAUAAAUACAAUUGUUUCCACAGCUGGAUUGAGUUGGCAGAGAGAAAAAUAAAUUUUAACUAAAAAAUUAAUUUGGGGAAAAUUUGUACUGUAUUGUACUGAAAUUUAUAAAUAUUCUUGCAUUCAGCAUUGUAACUGCAGUUUGACCUCUUUUACAGAAAUUUUAAUUAUGAUCACAAUAAUUGAAACUGCAUUGUAUGUAAUUGUAGUUUGUAAAUGCAGAUUUACUACAUUGAAUAUAGAAAAUGAUUUUUUUAUUUUUGUUUUAUAAAAGACACUAAAGACUUUGGCUGAAGCACAGCAGUGAUGUCUGAAUCUUGUUUACAGCACAGUUUUGGAAGGUAUGAGCAUGGCAAGGGGGCCUUUUGUGAGUGUCUGCUUUGAUUUAUAUUGUAUCGCUGCACUGAAAUAAGAAUAGUUAAAGCAAAAAUGACAAUUACUUAUUUUACUUAAAGAAUACUUUUAGUAAAAAAAAUAAAAAAUAAAACUAUAAGAAUUUAAAUUACAGUUUACUAAGACAUAAAACAGACUUCAAAAAACAUUCUUUAAAUAAUGUAAGCUUGGUUUACAUGCAUAAAAUAAAACAUAAUUUACACAUAUAUGAAAAUGUUUCUGCUACUGUUCCUCACACCGAAGUGUUUUUUUUUUUUGUUUUUUUUUCUGAUUUAAUAUCAUUACUGGCUGUACUUUCCCUUUCUGAAUAAAAUAAAAAUAAAUAAUCUUUCUCUCUAAUCAUGCAUGUCUUUUAAUAAGCAGUGGGCACAAAACACACGUGGACAGAUUUUGAAAGCUUUUUCCUCUGUUUAUUAGCAUUUUCAGAAUAUUAUUCUGAAAAAAAAAAAAUAAAUAAAAUAAAAAUGACAAUUAUUUCUUGUUUGGUGAUUUUAGUGGUUGCAAGUUACAUAAUUGUUCAAUCCACCUUUGCCGGGGGGCUCAAUGAGCAGUAGAUCCGCAACAAACAAG